GAUCGAUCGCAUUCGUAAAUAUUAUAUUUUAGCAUAUUUCGAUGGUCAUUUUAAUUCGUUAGAUCAUUGUCAAUCAAAAUUAGAAAGAAAAGUUUCCGGAUUGUCUGGUUUAUUAAUAUCGCAUCAACUUUAUGGUACACAUCCGUAUAAUGGUUCGAAAAAUUGUUUUUUAUUAAUAACAGCACCAAUUGGUUAUCGCAUACGUCUUCGGGUACUCGACUUUAACGUUCUUGGUGAUCCUAAAAAUUGCAACAAAGAUACGCUUCAUGUUUUCGAUCAUGAAAAAGCGAUCGAACCACAAAAAUUGAAUGAAGUUGAGCAAGAAGAAAUUUCACCUGGGCCAAUAUUAGGUCAAUUUUGUGGUUUAAUACGUAAUGCGAGUGAACUUGCUGUAUCAACUGAGAACGCUUUAACAUUGUGGUGGCAUUCGGAUGCAAAUUUACCAAUUAAUCACAAUGGAGAAGGUUUUCGAUUAUUGUGGUCCGCAUUUCGAAAAUCGAAUUCUGAAUUUACAUGUGAUAAUAAUGAAUGCAUACCAGCAGAACUUGCAUGUAACCGUUAUCCAGAUUGUAAAGAUGAAUCUGAUCUCUCUAGAGAGCGGCAAAUAGCACAUAAAUGUGAUUAUUUCGACGCUGAUCCUCUUAGUUCAUUAACGGGCCUCAAUAUAUUAUUAAUAUGUAUGGCAUUUGUUAGUAUGUUGGUUUGCAUAUGCAUUUGCAUAUCAGCUGUACCUUCAUCUUGUGUAGAAACUGAUAGUCAACCGAAUCCUCCUGCAUUUUAUCCACCUUCACCUCCUCAUCAACGAAUGUUAUUUACUGAAUCGCGUUUGGAUUGUUUAACACGAAAUUCCCUAAAGUAA